AAGGUUUUUAUAUUAUCGCUUAUGGCCUUGGAAUAUUUUUACUUAACCAAUUUAUUCUUUUUUUAACACCAAAACAAGAUCCAUCAUUGCGUGAUGUGGAUGAUGAUGAAGGUGAUCAUGUACCACGUUUACCAACACGAUCAACAGAUGAAUUUCGACCAUUUAUGCGUCGUCUACCUGAAUUUAAAUUUUGGUAUACAACAUUUAAAGCAAUAGUUAUCAGUUUAAUAUUAACAAUGUUUUCCAUAUUUGAUAUACCAGUAUUUUGGCCAGUACUUGUCAUUUAUUUCUUUACAUUAUUCUUUUUAACAAUGAGACAACGUAUAGCACAUAUGAUACAAUAUAAAUAUGUACCGUAUUCAUAUGGAAAAGCAAAAUAUGCUGGAAAAAAUGAAGGACCACCAGGUGGCGCUCCAGGAAUUAAAAUUUCAUCAUAUUAA